GAGUGCUGAUCCAUACUUCAGGAGCCCAGGGGAACUCAGCAGGAUGGCAGCUUCCAGACUCCCCAUUCUUUUAGCAGUGGCAUUUUCUUUGUCCUGCGUUCUUUCCCACUCACACAGGGAGAUGUGGUUUCAGGAGCUUUUUCCACCUAACACAUGUCCUAUAAAUGCCAAGCCCAACACUUUUUAUGGCAUAAUGUUUGAUGCAGGAAGCACUGGAACUCGGAUUCACAUUUACACCUUUGUGCAGAAGAGCCCAGAAAAGCUUAUAGAGCUGGAAGGGGAAAUCUUUGAGUCUGUGAAGCCAGGUCUUUCUGCUUAUGCUGAUCAGCCUGAAAAGGGUGCUGAAUCUGUCAAAAGGUUGCUGGACAUGGCUGUAGAUGCUGUGCCACCUCAUCUCUGGAAAAAAACACCUGUGGUGUUAAAAGCUACCGCUGGACUACGCUUACUGUCAGAGGAGAAAGCUCAGGCUCUGCUGUUAGAGGUAAGAGAAGUCUUUGAGGAAUCACCAUUUCUUGUUCCAGAGGAUAGUGUGAGCAUUUUGGAUGGAUCAUAUGAAGGAAUUUUAGCCUGGAUCACUGUGAACUUCCUGACAGGGCAGCUGUCUGGCCAGAACCAGCACACUGUUGGGACUCUGGACUUGGGAGGAGCCUCAACCCAAAUCACAUUCCUUCCACGGUUUGAGGAAACCUUGAAGCAAACCCCUGCGGAUUUUCUUACCUCAUUUGAAAUGUUUAAUAGCACCUACAAGCUCUAUACCCACAGUUAUUUGGGUUUUGGACUAAAAGCUGCCAGACUAGCAACACUUGGAGCUUUGGAUACAAAAGCUGCAGAUGGACAAACGUUCCGCAGUUCUUGUUUGCCAAGGCAGCUGGAGGCAGAGUGGCACUUCGGAGGAGUGAAAUACCGGUACGGAGGCAACAUAGAAGGAGAAACGGGAUUCAAGCCUUGCUACUUGGAAGUACUCAAGAUUGUUAAAGGGAAGCUGCACCAACCAGAUGAGAUUCGGGGAAGCUCCUUCUAUGCCUUCUCCUAUUACUAUGAUCGAGCUGUUGACACCAACCUGAUUGAUUAUGAAGAAGGAGGAGUUCUGGAAGUGAGAGAUUUUGAAAUAAAAGCCAAAGAAGUCUGUGAUAACAUGGAGAGAUACAGCUCAGCCAGUCCGUUCCUGUGCAUGGAUCUCACUUACAUCACUGCUUUACUAAAAGAAGGUUUUGGAUUUAGGGACAGCACACUCUUACAGUUAACAAAGAAAGUGAACAACAUAGAAACCAGCUGGACUUUGGGUGCUACUUUUCACCUACUGCAGACUCUGGGGAUAACCUACUGAGCUGUGACAC